UAUUGUAAUUUAAACGCGUCGCAGUCCGUGCGUACAUCGGGCGGGCGCAAGCCCACUUGACAUCGAGGGUGGAAAAAUAUUUCCUGAAUUGUGUACGCAGUCUUUAUCAUCGAAGUAAGUUCGCGACCGAUCGUUGUCGGUUAUGGGCGCUUUUCCGACAAUAUAUCGUCGGCAAUUUGAAAGCUCCACCGGCGCGACGGACGAAGAAGCACGUGGCCUGUCUCAUAGAAAUUGUGCAUGUACGAUAAUCGUAACGCAAGUGCAGCAGAAUUCACCACCCCGUCUAUUUUCGUCCUUAUUAACCCCGUACAUACGUCCACGUAAAAUACAAUGUGCAGCAGAAGCUGUUCAGUCCCCAGAUCAAUAUCUGCAGGCAGCAUGAACACUGUCAAGAGUCCUAGGAGGAGACCGGAAUUUCCGGGUUCGUUGACGGAUCUUCAUAGAUAUCGGAAGACAGUCCAUGGUCAUGAUGGAGACAGUCGGAUUAUUAUGGUCAGAAAGACAGACGAGAGGACCUAUGCUUCAAUAGAAACGGGAAAGGAGCCUCUUCUUGAAACUGUAACACGGGAAACAGUAGAAACCUUUAGAGGUCAGCGUACUCAGUUAAGGGUCACGACAGAGAGGAAAGAAAAAAACGAAAAAGUGCCUCCAGACCUAUUAGAAGCUCUUGGCGAAAAUUACAAAAAAACGCACAGGAUUAAAAGGAGUAGCAGUGAGAUUCCAUCAAAAAUGGACCUCCAAAAAGAGUUCUUGAAAGCUCACAAUGAACUACGUGCCAAACAUGGUGUAGCAGCCCUUAAACUAAACGCCACAAUUAGUAAAUUAAGUCAGUUACAUGCGGAAAAAAUGCUUCGAACGGGCAAAUUUGAGCACAGCGAUAACCAGAAAUAUGGCGAGAAUAUCUUCUAUAUGUGGUCCCCAGAUCCAAAUUUCAACGUCGGCGCCUAUGACGUGGUCAGAAGUUGGUAUGCCGAAAUAGACAACUACACGUUUGGAGUAGAACCUAAACAGUUGAACACCGGUCACUUCACGCAAGUGGUGUGGAAUGGAUCUAAAGAGUUAGGGGUAGGUUUGGCGAGAUCUAAGGGCCGCGUUUACGUAGUGGCAAACUACUAUCCCCCUGGCAACGUUAAGGGGUUGUUCGCCAAAAACGUCUUCCCACCGAGGGAGGCUAACAAUAACGAACUAGCGAAAAGUUUCAAUAAACUUGAUGUCUCCGACAGAAGCAGAAGAUCUACCCCCACCCAUACCCCUAACAGUUAUCGAUCAGUUAUUGAAGGUACAGAAGGUAACUUCGAAGAAGAUUUUUUGAAAGCACACAACGAUUAUAGGGCACGUCACGGGGUUCCCCCGUUAAAACUUGACCGUAAAAUAUCGAAAUAUGCGGAAGAAUGGGCUAAAAUGCUAGCGGUAAAAAAUGUCCUCGAACAUCGUAAAAACAACCCUUACGGCGAAAACAUAUAUAUGAUGUAUUCAUCCGAUCCAAAUUUUAAAAUUACUGGGAACAGUCCCGUCGACGCGUGGUACGACGAAAUUAAAUAUCACACGUUCGGGAGGGAACCGAACAGUCUAAAAUCCGGGCAUUUUACGCAAGUUGUGUGGAAAAGUAGCGAGUUGGUGGGGGUCGGUGUGGCGAAAAGUAAGCAAGGGUCUAUUUACGUAGUUGCAAAUUAUUCUCCACCCGGUAAUUUCGUCGGUAGCUACGCGCAAAACGUACCACCGUUACUAAGCACUUCUUCGUCCGACAACACCCCUAGUCAUAAUCCUGCAGAUUCUCCGGGUACUAGAAUUGCAAGAUCAAUUGACGUCGCAACGGGAAAGUUCACUCAGUUCCAAACAGACGCCUUAAAAGCCCACAACGAAUUGAGGAGACGACAUGGAGUUCCUGACCUAGUCUUGGAUAAAGGGUUGUGCGAUUUUGCUCAAGAAUGGGCCGAAUAUUGUCUGCGACACGACUUAGGGCUUCGCAGCAACAACCCCUACGGGGAAAACCUUCUAACUGUUACGUCGUCUGAUUCCAAAAGGGUGCCAGAUGCGAAAGACGUCGUGGACACCUGGUAUCGCGAAAUAAGUAAGCACGACUACAACAAGGAAUCGCUCAAUUAUGAUACGUUACAUUUUUCGCAAAUUGUAUGGAAUGGGACGAAGGAAUUGGGGAUCGGGGUGGCGCAAAACGAAAGGGGUAAGGCGGUCAUUGUUGCCAACUAUAGUCCUCGUGGUAACGUGUAUGGCCAGUUCAAGACCAACGUGUUUAAGCCUAAAGUAUGACCUUUAACGAAAAGGGUUACUUUUCAGUAAAGGAACGGGUACAUUUUACAGACUGAACAUGAAUAUUGCUUUGACAUUCCACUAAAACUUUUAUUGAAUUACAGGACUUUACAUUCCUUUUUCUAAGGUUUCUUAAGGACACAUUUAUAGGCAUUUUUUUUUACUUUUUCUUUGUUACAAUAGAACAAUUUUAUGCAAAUUCAGAACGAAUUGAUGUUGUUCUGAUUCGGGUCUAAAGGCCAUCGUUCCUUCUAACGAACUUCUUCAAAGGUUCCGAUUCUGAAUGUUGACUUGCGAUUUCUUCUGAUUUCACCCAGAAUGUGAGUUGGAAGGAUCUCUGGAGAAGUUGGUAUUAGCGAAACGUUAGAAAGCAACCCCAAUAGAUGACCGACGGCCUUCAGGCCCGAAUCAGACAGCAUCAGACUACCUACUGGCCACGAAAGUCUUUACCAGUUCGAAUUCAGAAUGUUACAAUUUAUUGUUUUUUAUUGGAGCACAAGACUUAAAAUACUAUUUGAAAACUGAUCAACAAAUUAGUAAGGGUAAAGUUGAGGCCUUAGAUUGACCGUCUUAAAUAAUAUAAAUAUAUAUCAUUCUACUUGUAAUACGUGUAGUAAGGGCAACACUAAGUGAAUUAAUAAGUUCCCACUUUAAUUAAAAUGUUUCACUUAUUAUCUCCUUUACUAUAUCUUUAUCUUUGGUUUUAUUAUUAUUGAUGACUUUUUGAUGUGUAGCGGUUAGGACGAAACUUAUUAAACGGUUAAGUACGAACUGAAAUUGAUAAUCAAGGGUUUACUUAUUUCAAUGGUAAAUGUAAAUAAUGAAUGCUAGCGGUAUAAACUUCGAAAAUAGAUAAUGCCAGUAAGAUAAGAAAUAAACCAAACGUUAUUCUGAUGGAUUAUAAGCCAAUAAAAUAUUCGUAAAAUCGUCGGUCUGUGAUAGGAAAAUGUUUGAAAAAUAUUUUGUAGAUGUUUGCCUAUAUACAUUUGUAAAAUGCACUGUUUUGCUUUGGAAGUUUUAAGUUUAUAUUAGUUUUUAAUCGCUUAAAGCACUGCUAACAGGUCCGUUUUAUGAACACAGAUUUGUAUUAGUAAAUUUGUAUGUAACUAUCGCAAAACAAACGCCACAGUAUUGUACGUAGUAACAAUUUUACAAUUAGUUACUUAACUAAGUCACAGUUGUAUUUGAAGAUUUACCUUAAUAUUAAAGGAAACGUCUACCAAAGGA